CGCCCACUAGGUGGAAUAGUUUUAUUUUAUGAUUGAGCGUAUUAUAAAAAUGAACGAUGCCAUUGCCAAAGUUUUACAAUCAACAACGAAUGCACCGCAGCCAUUUACUGCUGAGGAAAUACUUAUGCUGAAAGAUAUUGAAAAACUUUAAACAAAAUAUUGAUGGAAUCAAUCAAGCAACGUCUUUCCGUAUAUGAGCAGAGAACAGUCUGCAGGAUGGCUACGCUUUUGGAUCCACGGUUCAAAAAAAGUGGAUUUCAACAUAGCUCAAACGCUGAACAAGCAGCAACAUGUUUUGAAAAUGAGCUGGCCAAUUUUCCAGUUAAAGAGACCGCAAGUAAUCAACCCGUAGCACCGGAUUCAAGUUUACUGGAUACUUUGUUCGAUUUUUUGGGUGAGCGUUCCAUGAAUAAAUUUGUAAACUCAAGAGUCGAUGCAAUUUUAACUAAGAAACAGUAUCUGGAAAGGGCAAUUGUCGGACAAGAUAUCGACCCUCUAUUAUGGAUGAAGGUGAAUCAAACUGAUUUCCCUGCCAUUGGGAGCCUUUUCGCCAAAUAUCUUUGCAUUCCGGCUACGUCCGUGGAGUCUGAAAGAACAUUCAGCAAGGCGGGCCAAAUAAUAUCGGAGAGGCGAACCCGGCUCAAAGAAAAAAAUAUUAACAUUCUUUUGUUUUUAAAUCGCAACUCUUGGCUGAAAUAAAGCAUAUUUUAUUGUAUUCGUUUCAUUCUUUUUUUUAUCGUAACUUAGUUAAAAUAAAGCAUAAUAUUUUUAUAUUUGCUUAAAAAAAAUUUUUUUGUUGGGCUACACUAUCGUGCCACUAUCGAUGGCACUAUCGACACUAUCGAUCGUUUAAAAUAAACUAUCGUCGACUAUCGAUGGCGCCCACU